AUGGCUACACAUUCAGAUACUACACAUACAGAUUCUAAUUCUCAGAACUCAGAAGAUAGCACCAUUGCAGCAUAUGUCGAUGAGAUUGUUUGGGACUUCAUCAAUGACCUAGUUGAGGCUGAGAUAGAGGCUCAGAUUUUAGCUCAGGCCGAGGCACAACAAAAUGAAGCUGCAGCUCAAUCUCGACGGCACAUACAAAGAAACCGUGAAGCUGGACACUUCCGCUUGAUGGCUGACUACUUCGACGACAACCCAGUUUACAUGGACAAGCAAUUCCGCCGAAGGUUUGAUGCAUUUGGCAAGCCUGGUCAUUCGCCACACCAAAAAUGCACUGCAGCCAUGCGCCUGCUAGCCUAUGGCUGCCCUGUUGAUAGUCUAGAUGAAAAUCUGAGAAUUGCUGCAAGCACAACCAUUGAAGUCUUGACCAAGUUUGCGAGAGGGAGAGCUCUUGAAGUAGAGUUUACUGUCAAUGCAAAUGUGUACAAGAAGGGCUACUAUCUUGCAGAUGGUAUUUAUCCAGAGUGGGCUACAUUAAUGAAAACAAUCCCCCUGCCGCAGUGUGAGAAAGAUAAGAGAUUUACACAACAUCCAGAAUCAGCAAGAAAAGAUGUGGAAAGAGCAUUUGGAGUUUUGCAGCGAAGAUUUGCCAUUAUACGUAACCCAGCACGAUUGUGGGAUAGAAGUGCACUAGCAGAUUUCAUGUAUGCAUGUGUGAUAUUGCACAACAUGAUAGUUGAGGAUGAGAGAGAUGACUAUCAAGUUCGGUAUGACUUGGAUUACGACGAGGGCAUCGACCCAGUGCCAUUAACUGGAUACGGUCAUGGUCCAGUUCAAGAAUUUGCUAGGGUACUUCAAACAGACACUGAAAAUACGUGA